AUGGCUCGUCGCACAAACCGAUCGGUUCCCCAAGGAAGAAGCGACACGACUGAAGCAAUCCAAGCCAUGAAUGCAAUGGCCGCAACAAUGGCCCAACAAGCUGUGAUCCAGGCUCAACGCGAUGCACAGGGCAUAACGACCAACAGAAUAGGGGCAGGCAACAUCAACAACACAAGCCAUAUGCCCGACCACUGGGGAAUGCUAGAGAUCAACCUCGACCUCAAAACGGGGAAGGCGUACCCUGUUAAGUGUUUUCGCUGCAACAGAGAAGGACACAAGAUAUCUGAGUGUCCAAUCAGACCAAGGGUUUGUUACAUUUGUCAAAAACCAGACCAUUUUGCAAAUGAAUGUCCUGAACGAAAGAAUGAUAGAGUUGUCAACCGCAACAAUAUCAACGACAAUGUUGUACGCCCUACUUCCAAGGGACGUGUCUACGACAUCAAUGGAGAGGAAACUCCAUCUUCCUCUGAACCUAUCCAUGGUGAGUGUUUAACUGCUGAAAAAUCACUUAAUGUAAUUUAUGAUUCGAGGGAAACACACUCAUUCAUUUCAUUAGAUUGGGUGGAUUCGCUCCAACUUAUUGUUACUGCUUUGCUGUUUGAUUUGGUGGUUACCCUACCUUCUACCGAAUCAGUGAAAUGUAAUACGGCUUACUUUCAAUGUCCGUUGAUUGUGUUCGAUAUGAGAUUCAACGUUGAUUUGAUUUGUAUUCCCCUCAUGCUUGUGGGAGUGAUCCUUGGAAUCGAUUGGUUGUCAAGCUAUUAUGUUCUAUUGGAUUGUGCUCGUAAGCCUAUGAUAUUCCCAAACCCAGGUGUUUCUCGAUUCCUCGAUACCAAUAAAUUGAACUUCUCUUUGAAAGGGGGAGUUCAGAAGUGUGUUUCCCUCAACUCAGUCAGUACGAAGCUAGAGGUGGAGGUAGACAGGAUACUUGUGGUCGAAGAUUUUCCAGAGGUAUUUCCGUCGGAUGUACCAAGAUUACCCCUAGUUCGUGAUAUUGAAUUCUCAAUUGAUGUGACUCCGGGUACAGGACCUAUAUCUAUUGCCCCAUAUUGA